AUGUCUCUGGAACUUGCGCGGUACAGCGAGACGAGUGCGGGUGUGGGUUCGAAGGUGCCCAAUGUCCUACAUCACGAGACACGUUACUCUCCUCCGUCGCAUUCUACUCGCAUAGUACUGGUGCACCACGGCAAGUUCCAGCUUCGAGCCGACCAGAGCCCACAGCUAGAACCAGAAUCAGAUCCCGCCGGGAUAUACCGCUUCAUUUCCUUCCCAUGCGACAUCUGCACGGAGAUCAACACGGUUGGUCUACAUUGCGUGCAAGACAAACGAUGGAGUUGGGAUUUGCCUUGGGGAGAUCAUUGGAUCGAAUCCAUGUGA